AUGAAGCUGACUGUGACCUCUUCUCUCUUGGCUUUGGCGCUGAUUUCCUCUUCUGCUGACAUUGGAGUCCACGCCAACACUCCUUUCAUCAUCGAAAAGAGUCCCGUUGAUAUUACUCUGUUUGUCAUGUCGAGAUGUCCAGACGCCAUCAAGUGCGAGAGCACCUUCUCACAAGUCUUCCAGGCUGAAGGCUUGCCAGAGAUCAAUCCAACCCUGUCAUACAUCGGAUCCAUCGACGAAACAGAGACCUCAAAAACUGAACUCGACCUCUCCACAACGUCAACCACAACGACCACCACAGUCGUGACAAAGGUCAACUGCAAGCAUGGACCCCUGGAAUGUGCCGGGAACACACAUCAGCUCUGUUUUAGAGAGUUCUUCCCUGAUUACAAGGUCUGGGUGCCCUUUGUGACGACGAUGAAUUCAUGGCAGCCCCGUCGGAUUGGUGAGUCUGCCUAUGCGAGGGAAGUUGCUGAGAGGGUGCUUGGACUUAGACAGAGACGGGUUCGACGAUUCCUGUCUCUAGAGGAGGAGGAUGCGGAAGAGAAGAAGAAGGAGCUGGAGGUGUUGCUGGAGAAGGUGGAUGAGUGCUCGGAAGGGCAGCGUGGGUUUGAGUUGUUGGUCAAGUCUGUUCAGAACACCCUUGACCACGGCGUUGGCACGAGCUGCACGGUGUUUAUCGACAACAAGAAGAGGUGUGUGGUCGAUGGUGGGGUGUGGCGCGAGUGCCCUGGUGGUUCCACGGUUGCUGACUUUGUGAGAUCGAUCAAGGAGGCAGCCGGCAAGGUUUUCCGUAUCAGCUGGUGA